CAUUAAAAAUGAUUUUCAAUAUGGUCCAAUGAAAAUAAUGAUAGCCAAAGGUCAAACUAUUGAAAAUUUCACCACAGCAAAUUUAAUGCUUCCAGAUUAUUAUACAUUCACUAAAUUAAAUUCUCAUAUUAGAUUAAGUGCCAAUAAAAAUAUCACCGAUAAGCUUAUACAUUCCAAGAAAGAAAUAUCUUUUGAUUUCAGAACACGUUAUCCAAAUGGAAUGUUAUUUUAUGAAAGUUAUUAUCUAUCCAACGAUCAGAAAAAUGUUAUUUUUGAAUUAUUUCUAUUCAUUCAGAAUGGUAGAUUCAAAGCAGUGAUUGUGAAUAGUGAUGAUAUCAAUCAACAAACAAAACAAUCAACAAAAACAUUGCCUCAAGAAUUAGUCAUUGGUUAUGGCAUUCAUCGUGAUGAUCUUCAUACAGUGAAAAUAUCGAUGAAUUUAGAACUGGGAUUCUUUAACGUUCGAAUAAAUUCAUCUACUCAUAAUAAGUAUUAUAAAUCAUUGUAUUUCAAUGCAACGGUCAUCAAACAACAAUACGAUAAACGAUGCAAUUUUCAUCUGAUUCUUGGUAGCCAUUCAGUUGAAUCGAAUGUAGGAAGCUCAUUGAGUAAUGUUCAACAUUUCAUCGGAUGUAUGGGAAAUUUCAAUGUUAUCUCCCGUUCUAAUGUCAAUAAUUUUGAUACAUUAUCAUCCAGUCAAUUGAAUUUCGUUAAUGUCACUGAUGGAUGUGUUGAUCAAUGUAAGAAAAAUUUAUGUUCCAGACGUGCCACUUGUAUCAAUUUUUAUGAUACAAAAAAAUGUAAUUGUUUCGGUACCGAAUUAGAAGAUCGACAUUGUCGCAGUUUCAAUUAUACCGUAAUGACAUUUCGUGGCUAUUCAUCUCUUUCAUAUAAAAUAUAUUCAUUUGUCGACAAAUACUAUUCAGAUGAUAAUUUAAUUAGCUUACAUUUGAAAACUGUUCAUAAUGGAUUAUUGUUCAUUGCACUAUCAGAAACGAUGAAAAGUUAUUUGAUAAUCAAUAUUAAAAAUGGAUUUCUUAAUCUGUUAUUCGAUAUGGGCAAUAAUAAUCCAAAGAAUUACAUUUUCAAUAAUCACCGAUUGACUGAUAAUGAAUGGCAUAAUGUCACUGUACAUCAUUUAUAUCGAAAAAUGUAUGUUUACAUUGAUAAUAUUAAAAUACAAGAUAUAAAAAUUGAUGCCGUUGAACCAUAUUUUUAUUUCGAUCCUGAAAUGUAUGUGGCUGGCCUACCUGCUAAUGUGAAUGUUUCACAACUUGAUUUACCUUUUUAUUUGCCAAACAAAAAAUUUGUCGGUUGCUUGAAACAUGUCUAUUUCAAUCGAUUCGAUAUACUAUACGAUUUGAAUAUGAAUUCGAAAAAAGCCAAAUAUUAUAGUGCACUACCAAAAGAACUUGGUUGUCAUCAUACUGAUUCUGUUCCGAUGACAUUUCAUAGUAAAUCAUUUUUUAAAGCAAACAAUUUCAAUCAAACAAAAUCAUUUUCAUUAAAAUUUCAAUUCAAAGCAUUUAUGAAUAAAUUUCGAAUAGUAAAAGGUAUGUUUCAGACACAAAAUCUUGAAACAAAAAAAUGGUCAUUAAUGAUACGCAAUGAAGAUGUUAAGCUAAUUAUCGAAGAAGAUAAAAUAAAAGCCAAUGAAUUGAAAUGGACAUUAAGCAAUGAUGAUUCGCUCAAUAUAACUACCUGGAAUUAUGUGGAUAUAAUUUUCAAAAGUGAUGGUCUUAUCGAAAUGAUUGUCAAUCAAAUCAAUGUCAAAGGAAGAUAUGAUUCUCAAGUAGAUUUUUUCCAUGAAGAAAUCUUAUUCGGAUCUAUCGAUGAUCAAAUGAAAUUCAUAGGAUGUGUAAAAGAUAUUGUCAUCAAUGAAAACGAUAUUGAACCUCGUACAUUGCGCGAACAAACCACAGUGUUUGGUAGAAUCACUCUUGACAAUUGUCAAUUAAUCAAUCCUUGUAAUAAACCGAAAGCUUGUGAACAUGAUGGUCUUUGUAUACCUUCGAUGGAUAAUGGAACAUAUUCAUGUGAUUGUUCAAAUACCGGAUAUAUUGGAAAGACAUGUCAUUUUUCUUUGUAUAGAAAAAGCUGUGAAGAGAUUUAUUUGAUGGAUAAACAAAAUUCAGGAAUUUAUAUGAUUGACAUUGAUCGUAAUGGACCAACACCACCAGCUCAUGUUUACUGUAAUGUUUCAAAUGGACCUAAUAAAACAUCAACGAUUAUUAAUACGGUAAUCGAACAUAAUAUUCAACAUCAAGUGAUUGUUCGAGAGAAAGGACAGAAAGGCAAUCAUUAUAUGGAUGUAUUCUAUCGUGAUUUUAAUCGAGAAAUGUUGCGUUUAUUUGUUCAACGAUCAGAUAGAUGCAAACAAUAUAUUCGAUAUGAAUGUAAUAAUGCUCCAUUAAGUUUGUCGACUUAUACGUUGCUAUAUGCAAUCAAACCAGAACAUAAAUUAAUUCGUUUAGAUAGUGGUAGAUCCAAGGGUUGCCAAUGCAAUGCUAAAAGUCGAAGAGAAAACCAAUGUGCUGAUCAAGAUCUUGAUUGUAAUUGUGAUGCAAUUAAUAUACCUGGAUGGAAACAUGACGACGGAUAUUUGACUGAAAAAGAUGAUGUUGGCAUAACGAAAAUGUUUUUUCUUCAGUUUCCAAAUUCAAGCUGGGAUUCGGAAGCACAUCUUUAUUUGGGAAAUUUAUCUUGUAAAGAUUUAGAUACCCAAAAGUAUGAAAUUACAUUCAAAACAAAACAAUCCUAUUUAGAAGUUCCCGGAUGGAAAGGCAAAGAAAUGGCAAUUAGUUUCAAGACAACGGCCAAUGAGGCAGUUAUAUUUUUUCAGUCACAUUUGGAAACAACUUCUACUUAUUUCAAAGCAACCAUAAUCAGUGAAAAUGAAAUCAGCUUUGAAUAUUGUCUACGAAAUCGAAAAUUUAAUGUAACCGUCUCAUCAAGCCGAUGUUUGAAUUGUGGUCAAUGGCAACAUGUACUAAUUGAACGAGAUGAAACUCAAAUGAGAGUUUCGAUAAAUCAAAAUUUUAGAAUACUCUAUCUAAAUGAAAAUGAUCAAUUUAUCGAUUUUGAUGGUAAACUAUAUGUUGGUGGAGCACCUAUCAGAUAUUUUCGUGGAUUAAAAAUAACGCUUGGUUUUAUCGGAUGUCUACGGGGGUUGGUGCUUGACGAUAACAUCAUUAAUCUUCAUCAAUAUCUUAGCGUUGCUAGGUAUCCUAGUAUCGAAUCAGGUUGUCGACCCUAUUGUAAACCAAAUUUAUGUCAAAAUCAAGCAAUAUGUGUGGAAUUAUGGGGCUCAUAUCGAUGUCGAUGUGCUAAUCCUAUCGCACAUAGCGGUACAAAUUGUGAAAACAAUCUCAAUACGAAUGCUAUCACUAUAAAAUCGGCAACAUAUCUUCAGAAAGAAUUUUCUUCGGAUGAAAUCAAAUCUAUUUUAAAAAAUGAUAUUAUUCUCAGCUUUCGGACGCAUAAAUCAUUUGCAUUGUUACUUUUCAUUCAUGAUGUUUAUAAAAACUUUAUACAAAUUCAUAUUGCCGAUGGAACAAGUGUCGUGUUGAUUUAUAAUUUUCAUCAAAAAAUUAUUACUCGUAAAAUUGAUAUCGGAAAUAUUUUAACCAAUGGUCAUCCUGUUCAAAUCCAGAUUGCACGUCUUCAGAAUCAUACUGUAUUCACUGUGAAUAAAAAUUCUAUAAUUAUACCAUACGUGGUGAAAUUGAUAAAAGACAAUCAUGAAUCAACUGAUUUAUCAUUGUUCGAUAUCGAAACUGAUCAUAUGAUCAGAUUCAAUUCAACAGCCAGCAAAAAUGAGAUUUUCAUCGGAAGCAUCGAAUCUUCGGAGCUAAUUAAUUCGAUUCCAGGUUUCGUGGGCUGUAUUCAAGGCCUGAAGAUUGGUGGAAAACUUUUUGAUCUCGAACAAUUGGCUACCGAUAUAAAGGAACAAAAUGCUACUAGAAGUGAUCUCAUCAAAGUUGGAUGUAAAAUGCUCUGUGAUAAUCUACCUUGCAACAAUGGUGGUACAUGUACUGAAGACUGGGAACAUGAAUCAACCAUUUGUGAUUGUGAUUACACAUCAUAUCGUGGCGAAGCAUGUGAUAUUGAUAUUGGAGCUCAUUUUGAAAAAGAUUCCAGUGUUAUCUAUUAUCUUGACAAUAAAAUCAUGGAUUUCAAUCACAUCGAUAUAUCAUUUGCAUUCUCUUCACCGAAUAUGGAAGGAGCAACUUUGUUCAUGAUCCGGUACGCUAAUAGCACACGAUUUUUACAUAUUGCACUAUUGCCUAAUGGAAAAAUGUUUGUGGAAGAAGAUGAUGGACAUGAAAUUUAUUCAAAAAUUAUAGAGAGUGAAGAGGACAAUUUUUCCGAUUCAUAUCGACAUUGGGUUCGAUAUACAAGAGAUGACAAAUCCGCCCAGAUAAUAGUGGACAGUAUAAUUUUUGUGAUGGACGAACAUUACAAAGAAUUACAGAAACCCAUUACAAACACUGAUGAGAAUAUCAUAGUUAUUGGUUCUAGCCGGAUCAAUAAUCAAAACUUCAGUUCAAUGCCCAGUUUUCGUGGCUGUAUAUCAAACAUAAACAUUAUAUUGGAUGAAAUAAAAAUCGAUCCUUUUGAAUCGGCAUUUGGAAUCAGAUCUGGUUUGAACGAUGUAAAAGUAAACGGACCAAUCAAACAAGGAAUUUGUUCAUCAUUUAAAAUACAGCAAAAAAUCAAUGUACCACUCAUGAGAACUGAUCAAACAUUAACCUUGUUAAAUCGAGUAGAAAUUUGGCUAAAUCGUCCAAAACCAUCAUUAGUAUCUUUUAGAAUGAAAAAUGAUGAAAACACUGAACAAGUUUACAUGAGCAAAUCGAACAUUGUGAUUAUCAUAAGCAUUAUUUAUCUAUCCAUUGUUAUGAUUUGUGUUGCAAUCUAUUUACGGAAAAUAGAAAAAAGAUAUCGUCUACUCAAAUUUCAAGGUGAAACACCAUUUUUCCAUAAAAAUCAAGUAAAAAUCGAAAAAAAUUAUAUGUGA